UUGUCUAGCUUUUUUUUCGUGCUGCUAGCGCUCCAGCAGACAUGGUGAACGUUCCUAAAACCCGCCGGACCUUCUGUAAGAAGUGUGGUAAGCACCAGCCCCACAAAGUGACACAGUACAAGAAGGGCAAGGAUUCUCUAUAUGCCCAGGGAAAGCGGCGUUAUGACAGGAAGCAGAGUGGCUACGGUGGGCAGACUAAGCCAAUUUUCCGGAAGAAGGCUAAAACUACAAAGAAGAUUGUGCUGAGGCUUGAAUGCGUUGAGCCCAACUGCAGAUCUAAGAGAAUGUUGGCUAUUAAGAGAUGCAAACAUUUUGAACUGGCAGGAGACAAGAAGAGAAAGGGCCAAGUGAUCCAGUUCUAAGCUUUGUCUUUUGUU